AUGAUUGCGCCACGUCGUCCUACCACGAAGGAGGCCCGAUUUCGUGCCCCAAGGACUGCGGCCGUCUUACUUAGAUGUGCGGGGAUAGAAGACAAGUCCGGGCCGUCGUAUGCAGAUGUGAUGAGGUUGGCGAGAGGCAAGAUCUCCCUGGAGGAGAUGAAUAUCGCCAAUACUCGUAUUCGGAGGGCACAGGCUGGAGGCCUUAUCAUUGAGAUUCCCGAUGGUGAGGAGGCGGGCGCCAAGGCUGAAGCGCUUGUUGACCGUCUUAAGGCUGUGCUGGACGAGAGCGAAUACAAAGACAAGGUAAGCGUUGUGCGCCCGGUCCGACGUGCGGAGAUCAGGCUAAUCGACGUUGACCAGUCUAUCUCCGCGGGGGAAGUGGCCAGGACUGUGACUACUAUUGGACAGGUUCCUAUCGAGGACAUAAGAACUGGUCCCUAUAGAUUGGGGCGUGGGGGGUUGAACACUAUAUGGGUGCAAUACUCCCUUUCAUGUGCCAAUAAAUUAUUAAGUGUUGAAUGUAUAAGACUGGGUUGGUUCUCUGCGGGUGUCGUGCCCUUGGCAAAGCGAAGACUACAGUGUUUUCGUUGCUUCGCGGUUGGGCACCAAGAUCAAUUGUCAGAGUCCGAUAGACCGUUCCGCUUGGUGCUUUCAAUGUGGAGGGAACGACGGACACAGGACUGUUGA